AUGGAAAACCCACUUGCAACGCAGGUGCUGACUGGUGCGGUGGUUGACUUGCUGCAGCGGCGCCUCCCCAGCUUUCCCGCUCAGGAUGCGGUGCUGGCAGAGCAGCCGUGGCUGCUGCUCGACGGCCUUCGAGCCAUGCGCCUGCUGCUAGUGUUGCCCGAGUCAGCCAAAACAGCUCAACGUGCUGGUCAACGAAACACGGCUGCAUGGUGGGUGGAAGAUGAUGUUGGGUACACUCGCCACGGCGAAGCUCGCCGAUGCUUGGGCGAGGUGCUGGUGCAGCUGCUGGACCUGGUCAAGGACUACAGCAAGGCGGAGAUGAAAGCAGCUGCAUUUGGAGCUCUGCAGAACUUGGUGACUGGUUCCUCGACAGCCUUCCGGCAUGUGGCACAGACAAAUAUCGCGGAGAAGGUGGUGCUUCUUGCACAGGCCCAAAUGAAGUCCUUGCCUCAUGUGGCAAUUGCGGAUGGCUGCCGCUUGCUUACCUUGCUCUGUGCUGGGCCGCGUUCGCACUUGCGGAAGGUGACUGAUGCUAACGCUUUGGCCCUGUCGCUGGAGCUGCUCAAAAGACUGGAGGUACACCGGGAAAUCGCCUCCUCUGCCCUUGUGCUGCUGAGUGUGGUGGCACCUCAGGAAGAUGGCAUCAGACCAGACACCCUGGAGCUGUGUGCCGGUGUGGUCAAGCGCUUUCCGCAGCAGGUGCGCGAAGAGCUUUCUUGGGCACGAUCGCCUGUGUCUGGUGCAAUCUUGGCACUUCUUCCCAAAGAAGUCUGA